GUGUUUUUUUUUUUAAGGUCAAGGGCAAUUUUGGGAAACCAAGUGAAUUUUGUGGGCUUUAUGUAGUAAUUUGUGGGCGAUGUUUAACAAAUCCCUAUCGUUUUCCCCUCCUUCCUCCAUUUUUCCCGGCUACGCAGCCCACCCCUCCCCCUGCAACCAGCCACCCCCACCCACGACCCCGAAACAAUAGAGCCAGCCAUGCCCAUCCCUGAAACAACCCAUCCCAACCACCCCACCCCGAAACAUAAAACCCCAGCCACGCCCACCCCUAAAAUAGCCUAUCCUAGCCACUCGCAACCUCGAAACACCCCAUCCGCAAUCUAUCCUCACCCCAAAUCGAUUCCUUUCAGCCUUCCCACACCCCGAAACGCCCAGCCCCAACCUUCCCUAACCCCUGAAAAACGCCACCCUAGCCCUCCCCACCACGAAAAUUCCCACCACAACAAAGGCGCGUCUUGGGUCUUUUGGAGCAUCAAUUGAAGUUGUUGGCGUCAAAUUGCUCAAAUGGAGGCCAGAAUCAUGAUUGUAGGUAGCCGAAAUGCUGAUUGCAAUGAUUUGGAGGUCGAAUUGGCGGAUUAGAGUGUAGGGAUUGCGAGUUGAUUGGCUGAAUUGCGCGGGUGCUGGUUUGCUGGUGAAAAGGAGGUGUAGAUGCUGGUGGCGUGACUAUUGGUGAGUCAGCAAGGUGCAGCGAGUACAAAGGGAUUGUGUGGUAUGAGGGGCUGAAUUGGGUUAAUUGCUGAUGUUGGUGCCUGGUGGUUGGAAAUGAAGGGGGACUGAUGGUUGGGGAAGGGGGGUGAUGCACUGAUGCGUGGCAAAGGAAUUAAAAAAAAAAAAAAAAACCUAACUUACCCAAACGACAGGUUAUUGGUCAUAAGAGAUCAUUAGAAUAAAAUAUUGCUCAAAGGUGGAAUUAUUAGCAGCGAACCUUAUUAGAAUAAAUUUUUCCUUUAUUUUAUCCUUAUCCUACCCAUAAUUUUCUAUCCUUAUUCUAUACUCUUAUCCUUAUUCCACAUUCCAAAUGCUCCGUAGGUGUCAAGGAUUUUGAUAGUCCAACCUUAAAAAAUACAAAUGUUAUAUACACUUCGGAUUUUUUAAUCCAUGCAUCACACCAUUUAAACGUCUCACAUAUUGUCAAAACUUAACCCGACUUAAUCCGAAGUAAUUUCACUCCAUAUAAUCUAAUAUAGGCAUAAUAAUUUAGCACGACUCAAUUUCAUAAUAAUCCAACUUGAAUCCAACCAAUGACCCGAAUUAGCACCAAAUGUUUCUCGACCAGAGAUAGCCCAAACUGGUCCAUAGCUAACCAUCUUUAAAACACCAAACAUCGGUAAAAGCUCCUAGAAUGCAAUCAAAGAAAAGAAAAACUCCGGCAAAUCUUCCGAUGGAUUCUUCGCCGGAGUCUUUACCGGCGAUCACCUCCCUCUCUCCUCCGGUUGUCUCCUUCCUCAACUCCACAUUUCCUCCGAAACACGACCUCAACCUCUCCGAAUCUACUAACCUGGUCACCGAGUUGGACACUCACUGCUCUGAGUUGACUCACCAUCUCACCGAUCUUACUCACCGCCUCGACGCUAGUCUUCUCUCUUACGCUUCUUCUUCUCACCGAAUUUCCGACGCUUUUCAUCAUGUUCAUCGUCAGCUUCAAGAUCUCAAAUCCAAAUCCUCCUCUUUUGCUUCCACUUCAGAUGGAGAAGCGGAGGAUAUGGCGGUAGAUGAGCUACCAGCAUUGGCAAAAGAAGUUGCGAGAGUUGCGACGGUGCGAAAUUAUGCUGAGACAGCAUUGAAGCUUGAUAGCCUGGUUGGUGACAUUGAAGAUGCAGUCACUUCUGUGAUGAACAGAAAUCUGAAGAAACAGUCUACUAGACAGUAUUUAGAGGAAAUACGCGUCAAUGCAAUUAAUUCCCUUAAAUCAGUAGAUGAUAUUUUAGCUUCAGUGACAAGGGAACAUCCUCAAUGGGUCCGACUUGUGUCAGCUGCUGAUCAUAGAGUUGAUCGCGCCUUGGCUAUUUUGAGACCCCAGGCCAUUGCUGAUUACCGUGCUCUGCUUGUUUCGAUUGGCUGGCCACCACCUCUUUCCACAUUGAGCUCCUCAAAUACUGAAGGAAGGAGAACUGCUGAAGAGUCAAAUCCUCUCUCAGCAAUGCAUGGAGAGCUUAAAAAGAAGUAUUGUGAAAAUUUUCUUGCCUUAUGCAGCCUACAGGAGUUAAAGCGACGAAGGAAGUCACGGCAACUCGAGGGGUAUAACCAUAAUACUUCUAUUUACCAGCCACUCUGGGGUAUUGAAGAACUUGUGAAUCCUCUCUCCCUUGCAUCUCUUCAUCAUUUCCAAAAGUGGGUAGAUAAGCCUGAAUAUAUUUUUGCUCUUGUCUACAAGAAUACAAGGGAUUAUAUUGAUUCAGUGGAUGGAUUGUUGCAACCCUUGGUGGAUGAAGCAAUGUUGACAGGAUACAGUUGCAGAGAGGAAUGGAUUUCAGGCAUGGUAACCUCCCUGUCAACUUACUUGGCAAAGGAAAUAUUCCCUGCAUAUGUUUCUCGUUUGGAUGAGGAGACUACAGUGGAGGUUAGGCCACAGGGAAGAAUGUCAUGGCUUCAUCUGGUUGAUUUGAUGAUAGCAUUUGAUAAAAAGAUUCAAGCUCUUGCUGCCCUCUCUGGGAUCUUAGACUCUGAGGAAUACAGUCUCUUGCAAAGGAUGUCUUCUCUCUCUGUCUUCUGUGAUCGGCCAGACUGGCUUGAUUUAUGGGCGGAAAUAGAACUGGACAAUAUACUAGAGAAGUUGAAACCUGAGAUGGAGGAUGACAGAAAUUGGACAACAAAAACUCGAGGAGCAGUUUUUUUUCCUGGGUCUGAUGUUUACAAAUCUCCCGUAGCUUCAUCCAUAGUUCUCCAACAUGUAUCAUCAGUCAUUGACCGCUGUAGAUCAAUACCUUCUGUGUUUUUAAGAUCUCGAUUUGUCAGACUAGUGGGUGCUCCAAUAAUUCAGACCUUCCUGAAUUGCUUGCUUACCAAAUGCCAAGAUGCUGAAGGGCUCACUGCUUUGGCAGAUGAUGAUGCUGUGGCCAGAGUUAUGACCGCAGUUAAUUCUGCUCACAAUCUCGAGUCUAUCUUAGUUGAAUGGUGUGAUGACAUUAUCUUUGUUGAAAUGGGACUUGCAGAUGACAAUGAAUCAGGAAAAGUUUUUGGAGAGAGUAGUCUUUCCACUGGUGUCACUGAGGGAAGUGAAAAUGGGGUUUUAGAUGAGGAAAUCACGAAACUAGAGGAGUUUAGAAAAGAAUGGAUUGAUAAGAUGACUAAUGUUGUUUUAAGAGGAUUUGAUGCUCAGAUUCGAGAUUAUAUAAAGAAUAAGAAGCACUGGCAAGAAAUGAUUGAAGAAGGCUGGACAGUAACAAGAUCUUUUGUAGUAGCUCUUGAUUUUUUGCAGGGGAAGAUGUCUAGGUUGGAAGAAGGUCUAAACAGCAUGGACUUUAUUACAGUAUGGAGAAGUUUAGCGAGUGGAAUAGAUCGCUUGAUAUUUAAUGGUAUUCUUAUGACCAACACAAAGUUCUAUAGUGGUGGUGUUGAGAGGUUUGGAGGUGACAUGGAUGUUUUAUAUGGCGUAUUCAGGAGUUGGUGUUUGAGACCUGAAGGUUUCUUUCCCCGUGUAAGUGAAGGCCUCAAGUUGCUGAAACUAGAAGAGAAUAUCCUUCAAGAACUGUUUAUUCAAGGAGAGAGCUGGAUGAAACAUCAUGGAAUUAGACACAUGAGCAUAGCCGAGGCGGAAAAAAUAGCGAGGUGUAGAGUCUUCAAGUAGUAAAAUUUAGGGCAAGAUAAACCCCUACCCUCCCCGCUUUAAAGAUACGAGUAAUGUUAUAGGAAUGUAGUGAUGUACAUCAUGGAGUUUUUUCUACUAAACUAACCCAAUUUAUUUUUAUUACAGGCGGCAAUAAUCCAAUUUUUUGUCUCAUCAGUCAUCACAUGUAUUGAUAUUUUGUGAAUAAUAUAGCAAGUUUUUGUCUGUAAGAUAUUGAUACUGAAUCAUGUUAUUGAGUAUGAAGCACGUCCUUGUUUUUGCACAUGAGUGGUACUCGGUUCAUACGUGUUAUAUGUUCUUGCACCAGAUGUUCACUGGAUCAAGCUGAUCACCCAGAGACGACAACGUUGUCCAGCAGAUCCUCUAUCCAAUGUAGUCACCUAAGGGCAUAAGUGAGGCAAACCCUGCCACUGUAAUUGGUGUUCCAAUACAGUCUACAAAUUUGAUGUAUGCAAUGUCAUAUGAGUGGUCUAUACGAUCUUUUGGAAUCUUGGCACAUCGUAACUCCUAAGAGAUCACUUGAGGGUUGAGAAUCCUUUUCUCCUAGAUAUUUUGGAUAUUUGCCUUGUGAGUCAAAGAAUGAAUGAAUUCUUCUAGGCAUUCCCUCGAAUCUUUGUAAGUGCUAUUGAUGUGUAUAAUGCCAUACAUGCUCAAAAGCUCAAGGUGUUGUGGACUAGGCAUCUUAAAGUGUCUAUUGAUUGUUUGAAACCGUAUAUAUUCACUAGUUCAGAUCACACAAAGGCCCAUGGUGGCUUGAAAUCAAUGACGAGGGAUCUUAAACAACGACCUACAAGAGUUUUGUUCAAUUUAAUAUAUGUUGUAAGGUAGUUAAGAGCUCCAAGAGAUGGAUCUUAUCACUAAUUAUGUACCUAAAGGUUCUAUUAAGGUGCCGAAAAAUGUAGUGGGUUAUUUAUUAUGGGAGUUAUGGGGUUCCUAUCUUGGCUGUGUUGGAUACUGGUCAAAGGCGGUAUUGGGCAAAAAUAGGUUAUGAAUCAAGAGUUUUCUUACAAGAAACAAAAAAAAAAAAAAAAAAA